AUGCGGAUUUUUAAUAAUAAAAAUAAUAAUAAUAAUAAUAAUUAUUUAUUUAUACUAAUAUUACUAUAUUGUUUUAAUAUUUCUUUAUCAUUAUUGGUUGAAGAAAAUCAACCUUGUAAUACAGAACGAGAUAUUUUAUUAGCAACAGAUCCAUCUCAUAAUCCUCAAGCAUAUCUUCAAUGUGUAUCCGCAAACAUUGGUACAAUUGGAUUUUGGAAUAAAAAAUUUUGUACAUCAGAUAAAAAAUUUGACUUCUCAUCACAGUCAUGUAUUGAUAAUACAAAUAAUAAUAUAAUAUUUAAUUUUAAUUCAUUUAAAUCAUAUCCACCAACAAAUAAUCAAGGUAAUUUUUAUAAUCCAACAUUUGAAUCAAUUCCUGAACCAAUACCUGAACCAGCAUUAAAAAUUGCCAUAUUAAAUAAUACAUGUAUAAAUGGUGAGACAUGUAUUGGUGGUACUGUAUGUGAUAAAAAAAAAGGAAAAUGCCUUUGUCCAUUUGGUACAAUUCCUAAUUUAGAAACAUUAUCUUGUGAUGAUACUGAGGCAUCACCAAUGAUUGUUUCAUCAAUUCAACAAGAAGAUGGUACAUUUAAAUUUACCUUCCGUAAACAAAAUCCAUAUACACAAAAUAUUAAUGAAUUAGUUACUAAAAAAGAUGAUGAUAAAAAUAUUAAUAAAAUAGAUUUAUUUAAUAUUAAAAAUAUUCCAAUAACUAGUACAAUUAAACCAUUUUCUUUCUUAGAAUCAUUAUUUUCUAAACCAGGUGAAAAAUGUAAUGAUGGUAAAAUUUGUACUGGUGGAUCACUUUGUAUAACACCAAAUAUGUUAUGUUUAUGUCCUGGUACAUUAAUUGAAAAAGAUGGUGAAUGUGUUAAUCCAAUAAAUAAUGUACCUGCUGUUGAAAAAAUUAAAGUUGGUGGUUUAUGUAAUUCAUAUACUGAAUGCCUCGAUAAUUCAUCAUGUAUUCUUGGAAGAUGUCGAUGUGUUUCACCAUUAAUAGAAAUUAAUAAUAAAUGUAUACUUCAAAUUCCUAAAAAAGAAGUUGGACCAGGUGAGGUAUGUGAAAAUGGUGAAAUUUGUACAAAAGGUUCUGUAUGUGAUUCUACAAUUCCUGUUUGUAUAUGUCCAGUUGGAACAGAUCUUAAUGAAAAUGAGGAAUGUGUUCCAAUUAUUGUUACACAAACUACAACAAUACCAUCAACAAUUAAAUCAUCACCAAUAGUUGUUAUUCAAACUACUCCUAAAGUUAUGACUUUCCAAACAACACAAAAAAGUACUAUUCAAACUACAGGAAAAAAUAUUGAAUAUUAUACACAACCAAGUCGUGUAAUAACAACAACAACAACUACUACUACCUCUCCACCUCCAACAACACCAAUAACAUCAAAAACAGUAAUUAGUACAAUUUAUUCUCAACCAAUUAUAGGAUAUACAAAACUAUCUAAACCAUUAUCAAUUGGAGCUAAAUUUUUAAAAGUUGGUGAGAUAUGUUCAUUAAAUACAGAUUGUAUGAUUGGAGCAUAUUGUAAUGGUAAUUCAAAUCCACCAUCAUGCCAAUGUUUGUCAACACAUGUUAAUGUUAAUGGUAAAUGUGAAAAAGUAAUUUAUCCUGGUCAGUAUGGUUGUAAAAGUGAUAUUCAAUGUUCAACAUCAUAUCCCGGUGCUUCAUGUCAUGAUAGGCAAUGUGUCUGCCCCCUAAAUUAUCGUGCCGUUGAACAAACAUGUGUUUCAGGUUAG